CACAUGACGACAGGCUGCACGCUCCAGCUGCAGCGCAGGACUCUCAGCCUCCCACAUCUUGACGACAGGUGGAUGUCGCGGCUGUAAAAAAAACACCAGGGAGCACUUUGACUUUCCGUCCUAUGAAGACGGGUCGCGGCGCUCUCAAUGGACGCCUACAGCUCCACUUUGUCGCCAGCGGUGGACAUCGGCGCAGGCUGUUACCUGCUGGUCGUAGCGGUGCUCUCCAUCAUCGGGAACCUGCUGGUCCUGGUGAUGGCGUUCAAAAGGUCGGCGAGGAUGAAGCCCCCCGAGCUGCUGAGCGUGAACCUGGCGCUGACGGACCUGGGAGCAGCGGUCACCAUGUACCCGCUGGCCGUGGCCUCGGCGUGGAGCCACCGCUGGCUCGGCGGAGACGCCGUGUGUGUGUACUACGGCCUGGCGGGGUUCUUCUUCGGCGUCGCCAGCAUCAUGAAUCUGACUGUGCUGGCCGUGGUGCGCUUCAUCGUGUCCCUCAAUCUGCAGCGUCCUGAGGAGAAGAUCGGCUGGAUGAAGGUGAAGGUGCUGUGCGCGUGGACGUGGCUGUACGCCCUGGUCUGGGCCCUGCUCCCCGUCCUGGGCUGGGGCCGCUACGGGCCCGAGCCCUUCGGCCUGUCCUGCUCGCUGGCCUGGGGUCAGAUGAAGCACGAGGGCUUCUCCUUCGUCGUCGCCCUGUUCGCCUUCAACCUGGCGGCGCCGGCGCUCGUCAUCGCCGGCUGCUACUUCGGCAUCGCCUUCAGGCUCCACUGCGCCUACAGGAAGCCGCGCGGCGGCAGCCGGCUGCCCAACGUGGUCCGGCUCCACCGGAGGCUGCUGACGGUGAGUGCUCCGCUCCUCCGGUGCAGGGUUGAGGCGCAUCCUCGCUCCCCCCUCUCUCCUCCUCCGCUGCAGAUCGCCGUCCUGGUCAGCGCCGGCUUCGUCGGCUGCUGGGCGCCGUACGGCCUGGUCAGCCUGUGGUCCGUGCUGCGCGACAGCGGCGCCGUCCCGCCCGAGCUCAGCCUGCUGCCGUGCAUGUUCGCCAAGAGCUCCACCGUCUACAACCCCGUGAUCUACUACGUCUUCAGCCGGAGCUUCAAGAGGGAGGUGAGGGAGAUGCGGGGCUCCUGCCUGUGCACGAGGUCCUACCGCGUGUCCAGCUCCGCCCACGACGACGCCGUUUAUAUGGUGAAGCUCAGGAGCCCCAAGACGCACGCAGCGGCCCCGUCCGUACGGGACACCACCGAGUCAAACAUGCUGACUUUGGCUUGAAGGACGGGUUUGGAGGCUCACGCAUCAGGGGAAAGACUGUAGAAAGACUGAUGAAAUACGCUCCAUUGGCAAUCUCACAGUGACCCUUUCAGGAAUCACCCCACCUGUUUAUAGUCCAGUGUCUGUUGUCGCCUCUGUUCCAGCUUCUUUGGAUGAAAUGAACAUUCACGAAAACAAAUAAAGUUGAUCAGCGUGAACAUUAAAUAUCGUGUCUUUGUGAUGUAUUCGGUUUCUCUGUUUGUCUUUUGGUCGUGUUCACAUCUUUUUCUGAAUUGUUCACCCAUGUCAUCUACAUGUCAGUGGUUUCUGCUGUCAUCAGCCUCAGUCUCAUCCUCAGACUUGACAGCUUCUUGAUGAGUGAAAUGUGUGACUGGGUCAUCUGUUACUAUGACAAACCAAAGACUGGACUAAAGCAACGAUGAAGCAGAGAAACCUCAAGUCCUACAUUCUGCUUUUUCACUCUUAUGAGGGGUCACAUAAAAAUGAGAUGUUUGUAUUUCCUGUUUCAGAUAAAAACUCACAAAUUAUUGAUUAGAUUAUUGUUAUUGUCGCUACAAACGUCUUCAGGAAUAAUCAGUACUGUCACUGAGCAGAAUCUUGUGUCAUAGAACUGUCAGAAACAUUUGCACCUUUUUAACUGUAGAAGCUGUUUCAGUAUCAGUCUGUGUCUCUUCCAUUGAGGAUGUGACCAGCUGUUAUAAGCACGUUUGAUGACACUGCACUGGGCAAAUAAAACCUAACUGGACUGCUCUGUGUCUGCG